CCAUUUCUUCUUGUCCACAGCUGGAGGGAUGCACAAGAAUUUGUUCUCCCAUCCAAACUCUCUCUCUCUCUCUCUCCUCCCAUUAUUUUAUGUACAUGUUGCACCUCCUCCUCCUACUGGUUGGAAGAAGCUCUCAAACCCCCUCUCCUCCUCCUCCCCCUUUCUCAUCUCCUCCUCUUCAUAGCUUGCCGUCCUCUCUUCUCCUCCCCUCCCGGCCAUCGCCUUAUCACACAGUGCGUGCUCUCUCUUUUGGUGUUCUCACCUCUCCUUUCCUCUCCAUCCAAGCACUAUCUUCUUGCACCUUUCUUUAGUUUCUUCCCUGUUUGCUUCUUUGUGGAUCCAGAGUUUUUAAAAACCAAGCAGGAGCAUAAACAACUGCAUCGCUUUAAAAAUCAUUGCUUCCUUUUCCAAGGCUUCCUUUUAAACCUAAAAACAAGACACCACUCUGUUUCAAUCUGAUUUUUCUCCCUGUAUUUUUUCCCUGCUUUUUUGGAGUUCUAAAUCUUUUGCUUCCUAGCUAGUACAUCAGUACAUGAGCUAGAGAGAAGCAUGGCAGGCCUCGACCUUGGCACCGCCGCGACGCGCUACGUGCACCAGUUCCACCACCUCCACCCGGACCUCCAGCUGCAGCAGAACAGCUACGCCAAGCAGCAGCACGAGCCCGCCGACGAUGACCACAACGGCAACGGCAACGGCGGCAACUACGGAGCCCAGUACGGCGAGAACAACGACGGCGGCUCCUCCUCCUCCGGCCCCGCCGGUGAUGGCGCGGGUGGCGGCGGCGGGGGCGGGCCUGGGGACAUGGUGGCGCGCCGGCCACGGGGGCGCCCCCCGGGCUCGAAGAACAAGCCCAAGCCGCCGGUGAUCAUCACGCGGGAGAGCGCCAACACGCUGCGCGCCCACAUCCUGGAGGUCGGCAGCGGCUGCGACGUGUUUGAGUGCAUCUCCACGUACGCGUGCCGGCGGCAGCGCGGCGUGUGCGUGCUGAGCGGCAGCGGCAUCGUGACCAACGUGACGCUGCGGCAGCCGUCGGCCCCCGCGGGCGCCGUCGUGACCCUGCACGGCAGGUUCGAGAUCCUGUCGCUCUCGGGCUCCUUCCUGCCCCCGCCGGCUCCCCCUGGAGCCACCAGCCUCACCAUAUUCCUCGCCGGGGGGCAGGGGCAGGUCGUCGGCGGCAACGUCGUGGGCGCGCUCUACGCCGCGGGCCCGGUCAUCGUCAUCGCGGCGUCCUUCGCUAACGUCGCCUACGAGCGCCUCCCGCUGGAGGACGAGGAGGCGCCGCCUGCAACGGCAGGCAUGCAGAUGCAGCAGCCCGGCGACGCCGACGCCGCGGCCGCCAUGGGCGGCGUCCCGUUCCCUCCCGACCCGUCGGCUGCCGGCCUGCCCUUCUUCAACCAGCUGCCUCUCAACAACAUGACCGGCGGUCCCGGCUCGCAGCUCCCUCCCGGUGCCGACGGCCACGGCUGGGCCGGCGGACGGCCACAGUUCUGAAUUCUCACAGGUGCUUGGGAGAUCGGUGUAAUUGCUGUCGGCGGAGAGAAGGCGAGAUCACGAUGAGCAACCACAAGGUUUCAGGGCAGUUUGCAAAAAGGUUAGAGCACGCACACACGAACGAUCCAAGGAAACAAUCUAUCGUCUACUGCACUAUUUCUAUCUCUGUACAAUUUCGUAGUGUUUUGUCGAUCUCUGAUCAUGUUGUCCUCCUUGUUCUUUUUCUUCUUCUUCUUCUUCUUCUUCUUCUUCUUCUUCUUCUUCUUCUUCUUCUUCUAUUUUCUUUUCUUGUCUCUCCUGAACCUUAAUCUGUGGCCUGUGUAACCUUCUCGAUCUUGAUUUUCAAUAUGGCUUUAAAUAAUUAUCCCUCAA